AUGGUGAACAUUCUGAAGAAGCGCUUGGAGGUUUCCAAGGGAAACGUGGCAGAGGAGCUGCACAGAGUCCUCUGGGCCUAUCGGACCAUCCCCAAGACAACAACCCAGGAAACCCCCUACACGCUGGUAUACGGAGCAGAGGCUAUAAUCCCCACCGAAAUGCACGUAAAGAACACAGUCUCGGGGACUACCUCUCAGGAAGAAAACCACGAGCUAAUGUCGCUAAGUCUCGACCUACUCAACGAAAAGAGAGAAACUGCCCGACUGAGAAAUUGGUCCUACCAACAAGAAGUAGCCAAGACCUACAACAAGAAGGUGAGAACCAGAACUUUUCAGCAAGGCGAUUGGGUCCUGCGACGAACUGAGAAAACAACUGGAAAACUCACCCCCAGAUGGGAAGGACCCUACAAGAUAAUAGAGGUACGGGGAGCAGGGGCAUACAGGCUUCAAGACGCCAAAGCAUUAUGUUUUCCUACUCCUAUGUAUGCUGAAACGUCCCCGGACUAA